UUAAAGAGAUAGAAAGUAAAUGAGAAAGAGAAAAAGAAAAAAGAAAGAGAUUGAUUGGUCGAAAGUUGGUUUUUAACUAGUGUUUUUCGGAUCUAUUGUUUACAAAUCUAUCUUUUUGGUGAUUUAACCUCUAUAAUCUUGGUGACUCCGUUUUACAUCAUCUACAUCAGUUCACUCAUAUUUUAAACAUGGCUGAAAGUGAAGACAGAAGUCACAGUGACGAUGAGUCUCCUAAAAUUAAAUUGGUUGUUAAAACCCCUAUGGAUAAAGAUACCGUUGAAAUUGAGGAAGAUGCUUCCAUCAAGCGAUUGCGAGAGAUAGUUGCUCAACGAUUUAAGGUUGAAGAGGAGCAAGUUUGCUUAAUUUUCGCUGGCAAAAUAUUGAAGGAUCAUGAAACACUGGAACAGCACAAAAUUAAAGAUGGGUUGACAAUUCAUUUGGUUACUAGAGCUAAAAAGAGUAAUGAUGGGUCAUCUACAUCGAAUCAAUCUUCAGGCUCUAAAACUUCUUCUGGUUCAGCAUCCAAUAACCCUUCAGGACCCACACCUUCCUUAUUUCCCGGAUUUGAUUUCCCAAAUCUAGGAAAUCUUGGAAAUCUUGGGAAUCUUGGAAAUCUAGGAAAUCUAGGAAAUAAUGGAAAUAUGUCUCAAACAUUACUACAAAUGCAACAAAAUCUCCAACAAGAGCUUAUGUCUAAUCCUGAUAUGAUGCGUUCACUUAUUGAUAGCCCUAUGUUCCAAGAUUUGAUUUCUCACCCAGACUACAUUCGAUCCGUUUUACGGAGUAAUCCAACUACUCAAGCAUUAAUGGAAAGGAAUCCUGAAAUCAGUCACAUGUUAAACAAUCCAGAGGUUAUACGUCAAGCUAUGGAAACUAUUAGGAACCCAGCAGCUUUCCAAGAACUGAUGAGAACACAAGACCGCGCUCUUAGCAACAUUGAAUCAUUACCCGGGGGCUUUGAUGCUCUCCGACGAAUGUAUACCGAAUUUCAGGAACCUAUGUUAACUGCAGCUACAGAACACAUUACUGGGGGAAAUCCAUUCGCAUUCAACAGUGAGAAUCGAGAAAAUUCCCAAUCAUCCCAAACUGGAGUUGAAAAUAGAGAUCCUUUACCAAACCCAUGGGCACCCAGGGGUUCUACAACUGGCACAGGACAAACUACCGGUACUACUCCACCUACUGAUAACACUACUCCAUCUAGUGCAGGACCAUUCAAUAUUCCAGGAAUGCCAAAUUUGAUGGCGCAAAUGAGGGACAAUAGCUCAAUGAUGGAGACUUUAACACAAUCCCCUUUUAUGCGUCAAAUGAUGAGUCAUAUGGUUUCCAAUCCUGAUAUGCUUCAACAAAUGAUGUCAAUGAAUCCCUUACUUGCCAAUAAUCCGCAACUUAUGGAUCAGAUUCGUCAAACCGCUCCACAAAUGGUACAGAGAAUGCAAAGUCCAGAGUUCCAACAACUAUUGACCAAUCCUCAAGCCCUAGAAGCCUUGAUGAAUAUUCAACGAGGGAUGGAACAGUUACAAAGAAUUGCUCCCGGAGCUCUUUCUGGAAUGAUGGGAGGCAAUCCUCUUGGUAAUUUAAGCUGUCCUCCGUCAACUACUGCGACUACGACUACACCUGCAUCACCUGUUUCAACCUCUACUGCAACUUCGGAAACCAAUACAUCGACAACAACUACGGCUGGUUCUAAUAUUAACAAUACCACUGCGUCAACGGUUGGAGCAUUAUCUCAAUUAAUGGCACAAAUGUUGACUUCUCAAUCGAGCCAAUCAACUAACCAACAAGCCCCUGAAGAAAGAUACAGAAAUCAAUUGGAGCAAUUAUCAUCCAUGGGAUUUACCAAUAGAGAGGUCAAUCUACAAGCCCUAAUAGCUACUUUUGGUGAUGUCAAUGCUGCAGUUGAGAGACUUCUUCAAUCACGCCCAUGAAAAAGCAAAAAAUAUCAUAAAGUGUUAAAGCAAACUAAAAUAUCAAACAAUAUAUAUAAACCUUUUCAGCCUCAUCAAUUUAUAUGGAAAGAAAAAAGUAUAUAAGUAUAAAUAUUAUAAAUAUACGUGCGAUACAAAGAAUACGUUGCAAAUAACACAAAAGAAAUAGCUUAAUACGAAAAAAAAGAUAAUUGAAAAUUAAGGUGACAAGCAAGUUAAUAAGUUACAAAUUGAAUGAACUCACAAGUCUAGUUUCCCUGUUUUUCCGUUUCAAACUGACUCUUCAAGGAACUUUAACCCUGAUGUUGAAUUUUUCAUAGUGACUGUAUAAGAAAACACGCGGCAAAGAAUCUGCUUCUUUAUAAAAACAUUUAAAUGGUUAUUUUAGUUGAACCUUGUUCAAAUAUGAUAACUAAUAACAGAGAAAAAUUAGAUUGCGAAAAGUAAUCAAUAAAGGAGGACAGAAAAAAUUUAAUACCCUCCUAUAUCUGUCGUCUUUUAUUUUUAUUUGAUACAUAUAAUAUUUAUUGUAAUAAUUGAAAAAAAACCUCAUCAUCAGUGAUUAUUGAAACUUUCAUCAGUGGAUCAGCAAAAACAAAAACAAAAUAAAGCAGUAGAUGAGCAUGAAAAAAA